ACUCAAAAAAAAAACUCAAUGUUCUUAAGAAACAUUUUGAACAUUUCUUUUUUUUCCACCUAAAAAUGUUCAAAGAUUUCCCAGAAAUGUUGAAAAUGUGGACAUCAGAAGUUUCCCUGUGAAAAUAUUUCUUUUUCUCCACAUUUUCAAACUUUAAAACGGGUCGGUUUGACCUGCGGGAUGACACGAGGGUUCAUUUUAGGAUUGAAAACUGAGAUCAAACUUCGUGUACAGGACUGUAAUCAGCUGCUACAAACUGAAACCUUUUUGAACUGAGCUACAGUGAACAUCAGCACCAAACCCUUCAUUCCUUCAUCCUGUCCAUCAGACUUCUCCUCUAUCUCUGCUCCUCAUCUUGUGGAGAGAGACUUUUCAGAUCCUUUCAAUUAAAGACUUCCUCCUGCUGCAGACCCUGAACACACCGUGUGGAGUGAUGUCUUGUGUGUGCACCUGACACCCAGCCGACCACCGCUGACCGUCAUCGGUGAAUGGUGUGUCUUUGAGAGCUCUGCUUCCCAGACGUGGACGUUUGAACACUGAGCAGGUGAAGCAGAGGCUAAACUCUGCAGACCUGCCAACGCUGACGCACCUGCCUGUCCUGGACCGACCCUCCCACCUCCUGACGGAAAGAUCUGUCCUCCGUCCCAUUCCAGACCUCCGAGCCUCAAGGGAGAAUGGGCAACAUGGCAACAGAGAUCGUAGCGUUCCUCCUGACCGUCUCCGGGUGGAUCCUGGUGUCGUCCACUCUGCCGACAGACUACUGGAAGGUGUCCUCUGUGGAUGGGACGGUCAUCACCACGGCCACCUUCUGGUCCAACCUGUGGAAAACGUGUGUGACCGAUUCCACCGGCGUGUCCAACUGCAAGGACUUUCCAUCGAUGCUGGCUCUGGACGCCUACAUCCAGGUGUGUCGGGGGCUGAUGAUUGCUGCCGUCUGUCUGGGUUUCUUCGGCGCUGUCCUGGCCUUAGUAGGAAUGAAGUGCACAAAGAUAGGAGGCUCAGAGACCACCAAGGCCCGUCUGACCGUGCUGUCGGGCUUCCACUUCAUCCUCUGUGGCUUCUGCUGCUUGACUGCCUGCUCCAUUUACGCUCACAGGAUCACCACGGACUUCUUCGACCCGCUCUUUGUUGCUCAGAAGUUUGAGCUGGGGGCGGCUCUCUUCAUCGGCUGGGCUGGAUCCGUGCUCUGCAUCUUAGGAGGCCUCAUCUUCUGCCUCUCCCUGUCCGAAGGCUUCAGCAUCAGGGCUGCGUACUCUUACAGCGGAGCCACGUCAUUCGUGACGACACGCAACAAACACGGCAAGCCGACCAACAACCUGCACAAGGAGGCACGAGAGCCGCCGAGGCAGUUUGGAAGAAACGCCUACGUGUGAACCCGGACUCUUUAAACCUGAACUGAUGGUGGAAUCCAUCAUAAUAGUUUGUGAUCUUCAGAAAGACAGCAUUCACUUUAAAGUACUGGAAAAUCUCCUCUGUGUGACAGUUUACAUGUGAUUUUAAGUGGCUAAAUUCCUCUUUAAAUACGACUGCUGCUGUGGUCCUUUCUGUCAAUAACAAUAAUAAAUAAUAAAAGAUAAGCUUGUCGCUCUUUUAGGGCAGGAAAUUUGAUUUGGCACAAAACAAAGUGUGCGGUCACCUUCAACAGGCCGGCCUUUCCUGUCCACAGAGACACAAUUCAUCUCUGUUUCAUAACUGUGGAGUCAAAGGACAGCUGGACAUCAGGACUUAAAGCAGAUUUUAAACCCGUUUUCUGACAUGUUUGAGGCCAGUGCUCCUGCUCCUGUUAUAUGAAGAAGAUGAUAUGUUUUAAGAAGGACAUGCACUUUUCUACUUUCCUUUUUAAAGGUCACAUCUUUUGUUUUCACAGAAUUACAGAUUCUAGUGGGUUUGUAUCAUUAGGCA